CACGGAGAGAAGAUGAUUGAUUGAAACGGUUAAGUCUUGUCUGAGAGUCUGCAUGUGACCUCACUGAAACAAUACAAAAGUUUUGUUUUGGAAUUGAUUUUAAAUUUCAGGAAACUGAAUAAGGAAAUAUGUUUAUUUAAAUACAUGCUUAUAAAUAAUGUUAAAAUAAUAUUUAGGAUCAUUUGUAGCAGUUAUAGCUUUACGGGAAAUUACCAUUCGGAUCCAUUUGUUCAGGGUGGCAACAAAUACAGUACUCUGAGAUUACAAGACAGCAUUUAUUCUCCAUAAUAUUAUUUGGGAAGCCCUAAGCAACUGAGUACACAAUCAUGGGAGAUUGGGGAUUCCUCUCAGCUUUACUGGACAAAGUACAGUCCCACUCCACUGUCAUCGGCAAGAUAUGGAUGAGCAUCCUCUUCAUCUUCAGGAUCCUGGUGCUGGGAGCAGGAGCAGAGAACGUGUGGGGUGAUGAGCGAUCCAACUUAGUGUGCAACACCAACACGCCUGGUUGCGAAAGCUUGUGCUACGACUGGAAGUUCCCCAUCUCUCAUAUUCGCUUCUGGGUCAUGCAGAUCAUUUUCGUUUCCACUCCAACUUUGGUGUAUCUGGGCCACGUGGUGCACGUCAUCCACCAAGAGAACAAACUGAGAAAGGAGCAGAAAAGAAACCCGAUGUCAAAGUCUCCAAAAUAUACGAACGAAAAAGGGAAGGUUGAAAUCAAAGGAAGCAUACUGGGUAGUUACUUGACCCAACUGUUUAUUAAAAUCAUUAUUGAGGUGGCUUUCAUCGUUGGACAGUAUUAUCUGUUUGGAUUUAUUAUGGAGCGCAAGUUCCACUGUAAGCAGUCGCCAUGUACGGUGGAGACAGAGUGUUUCAUUUCUAGACCCACAGAGAAAACCAUCUUCAUUAUCUUCAUGUUGGUGGUGGCAUGUGUGUCUCUGGCCUUAAAUGUUCUAGAAAUCUUUUAUUUGCUUUGUAAGAGGAUAAGUGGGAGAAAUAAGAAAUAUAGAAAUGUAAUGUAUCCUGGUGAUUCCCAUUAUCCUUCACCUUUUUCAGCAGAACUUGAUUCGGCUCAUUCUAUGAGACACAAUGAGUUAAACAUGGCCUUUCAGAAAAGGUUGGCUCAAAGCAAAGGCAGCCACGAUGAAGCAGAAUCUGAGCCAUAGGGCAAGAAGUCAUUGUGGUAACAUGAAAUGCACAUAACUUAUAUAUUCAACUUUAUAUAUCCAACAGAGCCUAUGAAAAAAAAAAAUGUUGAUUGUAAUUUUUGCUAAAAAGAACACUAGAUGGCGCUGUAACGUUCUUGAGAUGCACUCACUAACCCCUAACUUCUGUCACUACAAGGCCAUUUUUUUUUGUCUGAGUUUUUCCUUUUUAAUGUUAUUUUAGCAAUGCAACACGAAAUAUCUAUAAACAACCUUUUAAAUUUGUGCACUAAGAAUAAAGAUUGUAAGAUAA